UUCAUUUUCAAACAUUUGGCGCAGUUUGUAUGUGCUGUAGCAGUGUAGCAGCAAGUGUUGUGCAUAAAGUAAUAACAGUUAUAUCAAAUGGAUACAGGAGCUCAGUCAUCUCAGAAGAGGAUAAAAAAGAAGAUAAAGCAUCCGAAUCCUUUGUUUGAAAAGUGGUUGAAAGAAUGGCAAGAUGAAGCUCGCGAGCGAGGUUCAGACAUACAGUACUGCUAUGCCAAAGCACUCAGGUCACUUAAAAAAUAUCCACUGCCUUUAAGGAGUGGAAAGGAGUGCCGUAUUCUGCAGAAUUUUGGUACAAAAAUUUGUGAUAUGCUUGAUCGCAAAUUAGAAGAAGUUGGGCACAUGCGUCCAGAAGAAUCUCCUGAUUUUCUCACUCAGGAUGUGAGUAUUGGUCCAUGCGCAUCAAAGCCCAAAAGUCAAGUAAGAAGAAAGUCAAAGUCAGCUGGGCAAACUGAACAGAAGACAAAACUUCUUAAAUCAGCUAAAAAUAGAACUACUUCCAGGAGUGGUAAAUCACCAGAAAAUGGACUUAACCGUCCAGUUCAUGAGCUCUCACCUGAUGACUCGGAAGAUAAUGUAACAGACAACCAGCUUCCAAACUGUGAACAAAUAUCUUCAGGUUCUUUUGAAAACAUUGAAACAAAUAUGGUACAAAUAACAAGCACGUCUGCAUGUACCCAUCUAUCAGAUGUAAGGAGUUUGAUACAUAGAGAAGUAGUGAAUUAUGACGUGGAAAUUAAAAGAUGUGCAUCAGCUGUGAUUCCCACUUCAUCAUUCACCACAAUAACGCAGAAGGAGGAACAGGUAACGCAACUAGCAAGGGGAUAUAAUAAAACAAUGCAGGAAGAAUGGAGGCAACUUGAUGAGCCAGUACUGCCUGCUUUAUCUACAUUCAAACUGCCUGGUGGAUCUUUUCGUAUUGUACUGCUUGUCGAUGUAUCUGAAACUACUGGAAAUCAUCUUAAACAAUAUCAAGGUGCAUUAAUUGCUGAAUUGAAACGUUUGCAAGUCAACGUUGAAGUUCGCCAUCUUAAUGUUGGAGACUUUGCAUGGAUAUGUCAAGAUAAUUCAAAGAAUGAAGCAGUUCUACCAUAUAUUGUAGAAAGGAAACGGACAGAUGAUUUUGCAAAAAGUAUAAAGGAUGGGCGCUUUCAUGAACAAAAGUUUAGACUUAAAAGAUGUGGUGUUCAGAAUCGCAUCUAUCUAGUAGAAAGCCAUGGAAACAAUCAGCAUGUUGGACUGCCACUUAGUACUAUUGAGCAGGCUGCUGCCAACACACAUGUUGUAGACGAAUUCAUCAUCACAAGAACACCAGGGCCACUGGGAACUAUUAAAUACCUUAGCUGCGUCACCAAUUUUAUUACAAGGACAUUCAAGGACAAAAUGAUUGUCAGUUGUCCCAAGGAACAUCUACCUCCACUCUUCCUCGCAUCGGACACUGUAUCACUUAUGGCAUUCAGUGACUUCAAUGGUGCUGCAAGGAAGAAAAUGCAAUACACAGUGAAGGAGAUGUUCAUCAAACAGCUUGUGCAGUUAUAUGGAAUGUCUGUGAGCAAGGCACUUGCAGUAGUGCAGAUUUAUCCAUCUCCAUCAGAAUUAAUGAAGGCAUAUGCACAAGGAGGAGGAGACGACCUUCUGAGUAACAUUUUAUAUGGAAAGACACGUAGAAAGAUAGGCCCAGCACUAAGUAAAACAAUUUAUCAGUUUUAUACCCAUGUAUAAGCGUAAUUAAUUAAUUUAUCCAACUGGGAUUUACUAAUUGUAUAUUUGGGGAAUUAAACAAUAGAGUACCAUUUUGAAAUGAUA